GAGCUCGAUUUGGAGCCAUGGGGUCAUUUGCCAUGUUGCUGUACACAAAGGAACUUGUCGCACCGCGAGCCCAAUUCAGGCGGGGAUUGCUUCGCUUCAAACGUCAUCCGGUGCGUGAGAAGUACGGAAGAAUGGUGUGUCAUUUGUUUGCCCACUCGACGAUUCACGGCAUGCAACAUGUGUCCGCAGAGCGGCGUCCGAGAGUGCGCUUCUUCUGGCUAAUGGUCGUGCUGCUGGCCACAAUUAGUUUUCUUGUCAUGUUUUCCGUAUUGGACCAUCAUCACAAUGAGCAGCAGUUGGUCAGUAUAGUGGAGACCACACAGUUGCCUGUUUACAAAAUUGAGUUUCCGGCCGUGGCGAUCUGUCCGUGGAAUCACGUCAAUUGGCUGCGCGCCUCAAGGGCUGCCGAACGCUUUCUGCCCCACAAUACAGAUGCGUAUGCGCGUGAAGCAUUCCACCAGCUGCUCAUUGGCAUGGAGCAGAUGACCUUUGGCAAAUUUGAGUCACUUGCCGAGGUAUCCAAGCGUAAUCUUUCCUCACUGGCCCACCUCAGUAUAAGGAAGCUUGCCAGCUAUUUGGCCUAUCGCUGCGACGAGCUCUUCGAGCCGGGCUCCUGCAUUUUCGAUGAGACCAGCUACGACUGCUGCGAUCUGUUUGUGCCGGAGUACACUGAGAACGGUCAGUGUUUGGUCUUUAACUCGCUCAUUUCGGAGAAUUCGCGCAAGAAGAAACUGUUCAAUGAGUUCUAUCCGUUAAAAUUGAGCACAGCAGGCGAAGGAUCUGGACUGCAGUUUGUGCUGCGCAUGAACGACUCCUUUUUGCGAGCGGGCACCGAAGUGCCAUUCGCCAUGAAUUUGAUGAUCAAGGAGCCCAACGAAUGGUCACCGCACAAGCGCUACCAUCUCUAUUCGAAUACGGAAAACCUUGUAUCCAUUGAUCCGAUGAUGGUGCAAACAUCCACAAACACUAACAAAAUGCAUCCGAAAAAGCGACGCUGCUAUUUUGAUAACGAGAGAAAUCCCAAUUUUCCGCUUACGGAUAUGCCCUAUAGUCGAUCCAAUUGCAUUGCAGCCUGUCUGCAAUCCUCUGUGCUUUACCACUGCAGAUGCACAAUGCCUCUGUUUUUGCCAUCAAUCGGUUACACUCGCGAAUGCAGCGUGUUAGACUUUCCUUGCCUCUAUAGUCACAGGGAUGUGUUUGGCUACGUGAAAGUGGAUGAUCAGGAGCUGUAUAUAAAUGAUUCGCGUCGUGGCCAAUUCUGCAUGUGUCCCCACAGUUGCAACACUAAGUCGUACUACACAUAUCUGAAUGUGCGUCAAUUUAUACAACCAAAUACGACUGAACGCAGACAAAGACGCAUCAGUGCCGAUAUCUAUUAUGGCAGGCGGGUUUUGACGAAGAUAGUGACGCGGCUGCAGUACACCUUUCACGAUUGGGUUGCCAGUUUUGGUGGCAUUCUGGGUCUCUAUGUGGGCGCCUCGGCGCUCAGCUUUGCCGAGCUGGCUCAUGUUCUUGGCCAGCUGCUGUGGUCGCUAUUUGAGGAUUUGUGCGCCUCAUUUAAGACAAACAAGUUACGAGUAAAUAAUAUUUAA